AUGUUGAGAAAAGCCGGUCUUUCCGCCAACCUCGUAAAGCAGAGCUUUUCUACAACCUCGCAGGCGCGCUAUGCUGUUGCGCGCAAGUUCCUCGCGAAGCGCAACUUCAACCUUGCGGUCGCAUCCGGGUUUCUCCUCGUUGCAUCCUACUGCACAUUCAACCGCAAGGUAACCAUUAAGUCGGAUUCGGUUCCGUCUGGUUCCCCCGUGGGUGCUCAGUUCUUUUCUACUUCGUCGAUGCAUGGGAACGGCUUGUCUCAGCAGCAAAACAAACAGGGGCUCUACCUCUUAUCAGAUGACCAGGUCACCGCUAAGUUGAGACAGUUUGAGGAGAGCUACUUCGUAAACCGUGGAAAGGGCGUGACGCGCUACGAUAUCUGCCAGUUGCCAUCCAACAAUCCAAUCGAGGAUGACCGCUCAGAGAAGAUCGUCCAGGUGCCGAUUGUGAAGCAAAACAAUGUCAAAACCACCACCGACUGGCUCUUUUGGGGUGUUUACGACGGCCAUGCCGGUUGGGGUACGUCCGCCAAGUUGCGUGACAACCUCAUCGAUUACGUCAUUUCGGAACUCGGCGUCGCGUACAAGCCGCUCAACGACACCACGAUGCGCACGAUUCCAUCGUCCGAGACGAUCGACAAGGCGAUCAAGACUGGGUUCUUGAAGUUAGACGAUGACAUUGUCACUAAGAACGUGGAGAAGCUCUUGUCAAACCCGCUGAAGGCGCAAGCCGCGGAGUUGCUCAUGCCUGCGCUUCUGGGCUCGUGUGGGUUGGUAUCGUUCUAUGACUCCAACUCGCGCAACCUUAAGGUUGCAGUCACGGGUGACUCGCGUGCAAUCUUGGGCUCGCUCCGCGAUGGUGCGUGGACCGUACAGCAGCUCUCGAUCGACCAAACGGGGAAGAAUGCAUACGAGGCCGCGCGCAUCUUGGCCGAGCACCCGAACGAGCAGAACGCGAUCCGCAACGGGCGUGUAUUGGGCUCCUUAGAGCCGACACGCGCAUUCGGUGACGCACGCUAUAAGUGGGGUAAGGAGUUGCAGACGGUAAUCUCCAACACGUAUUUCGGUAGACAGCCGCCGCCCAACUUGAAAACGCCGCCGUACGUGACGGCCGAGCCGGUCAUCACCACCACUAAGAUCAACCCCGGCAACCGCGACUUCUUGGUGAUGGGUACAGACGGGUUGUACGAAUUGUUGUCCAACGAAGAAAUCGUGGGUUUAGUGGUCAAGUGGAUGGAGAAGGAGCAGAUGUUCUCCACCAAGAAGACGUUGCGGUCGUACUUCGGUAAGAGCCAGAACAAGUUACCCGAAGUGCGUGACAUCACCAAGGACCGUGCAUCCAAGGAGGCCUUCAGACGCGGCGCCGAUACUGGCUACUUCCUCGAGGACAAGAACGUUGCCACCCAUUUGGUUCGCAACGCCUUGAGUAACGGUGGUAACCGCGAGCACUGCAACAUGUUGGCCAGCAUCCCCAACCCGUUAUCCCGCCGCUACCGCGACGACUUGACCGUGACCGUUGUGUUCUUCGGCGAGGAUGGCCAGCCCGACGACAUGGGAAGAUUGGAGGUUAAUCCAGUCGCCACCGCCGAAAGCGUCAAGCCAAAGUUGUAG